AAGGUCGUUAGCUCCUCGCCUCAUCUGUUCACUUACAAACUGUUUUAUCCAUGAGCAUUUACGUACUUUCCCCACUUGCUUAUUUUUACAAGGUCUAACCAAUUGUUCGCGUUCAAACCGAAAUUCCAAAUUAAGAACGUAUCUUUAGGAACAAUGGCCUCACCUAGUCGAAAUUCCCAACGAUCCCUGCUUAACGCGGGCCUUCAAUUGUUUACAACAAAGCUGAGCAGGACCCAGCACACGCUUCCGCUGAAUGAUUUCGGUGUAUCCGGCCUGCAUGGUGUGGAGAUCCAUCAUCAGAAUACUGCACCGACCAGGAUAUCCCAGCGGCUGGCGGAUGUCCAGAAGCGCACCCAAUUGCUGGAGGAGCGGAACCGCCAGCUCAAGGAUUUGGCGCUGGAUAAAACUGACCUCUUCGAGUCACGAGCUGCAAUGCUGUGCUCCCGAGCCUUCGACAUCAGUCAGGAACUGAUCGUAACCAGAAUGAGGAUCAACGACGUGGAGAACGCCUGCACUCAACUUCGAAGUCGCAUCCUGGACCUAAAGCUGCGACGCAUCCAGCGUCGCCGGCUCCUUUGCCACGAGAUAGAAAAACUGCAAGGGGCGCUGGAACACCAGGUGCCCCCGAUCCUUAUGCAUGUCUGGCACAGACUUUGCUUUCUAUGGAACUGUGUGGACUGCCUGGCGCUUGUGUCCUGCGGGGCUCGUCCCGUCCUCGAGGCAGAGAGCAAAAUGGAUGCCCUUAAUGUAUUCGUGGCGGGCUUUUGACAUGUUCCGCCUUGUCCUGGCCUUUUAGUAUUUUUAACACUGGUUAUCGAGCACCGCCGGGUAAUCGACAGCAAUUGGCUAGCCGAGUCGGGCAAAUGUUACUUUAAACCAUUGUAAAUCACUUAUAGUACACACUGGAGUGUGGAAUGUAGUCAUCGAACUAUUUUAUUACAUGUUUGACUGAUAUUAA